UUGCAGUCCAGCGCCUGUGCCAAGUAUGUUAUCUCCUUCUAUCUUUCUUCAUUUCUCCCUCUCUCUAUCUAUCUAUCUCUCUCUCCUCCUUUUGGUGUAUGCAUGGAUAGUUUGAUCAGGACACUUCGAAAGUCGACGCCGCUGCCAAAACAACAGCUUGAGCUGUUCAUCGCUCCAGGGCCAAAGGGUGUUCUCGAGGGUGAUUCGGAAGAGAUGACCGAUAGAUCUCCGGACACCCCUACACACCACAUGGCAUGGACUGACCGGCUGUCAGCAGUCGAAUGUGGAUAG